GAAAACUUCUGGACGGCAAAUGGCGACGUAGGAAAGCUGUGGACAGAAUUGUCCACAGCAAUGAAGGCAAAUAACGGAAACGGAACCACAGAAUGUAAUCAAGUGGACAGUGGCAGAACUCCCACUGACCCUGAAAAGAGGGCAUGCAACCAUCUUACCUUAGGUUUUAACAAACUGAAGGAUUCUUCAUCGAAUGGUGGACAGUACGAACUUCUGUCCAACCCACUGUUGAGACAAACAGUGGGUUGUUUUCUUCUUAAAGAAUAUGCAAAAAAAAUGAAAGAAGACUCUAAAUGUGUUAUCACUUCUGGUUUAAAGAAAGCAUUCAAGAAGUGGAAUGAAAACAUUACUAAAACUGGAUGCACGGGCGAUAGCCCGUGCAUUGAAUGUGAAUGGAAUGAUGACAGCAUUAACAAUUGCCCAACUGCCACAAAUGGCGGCACAGAGGAGGUAGAAAAGAAGUUAAAUGCACUUGAAAACGACAUGAAAACCACUGCAACUAACACCCAGAACAAAAUAAACGACACGAAGACCUUAUGUCAACAACUCCAAUGUGCUGCCCCCAAAUGGUUCCAAAACCAAAUGAUCAACACAGCAGGAACGAAUAGUGGUACUGCUAAUAAGAAGACUUGG